AUGAAGUUGACUGUAAGCUCUUUCGUGCUUCCACUGGUGGCAACCUUAUUCGAAACCGCCAAGGGAGAUGAUACAUAUCUCUCAAGAAAAGACCUGAACGUUCCUCAAUGGAAUAUUACCCGUUAUGGUGAUGUGAAGCCUAGUGAAGGCUACAUCUUUGUCACUCCUUAUGAAACUACCUCCUCUCAACCGGGAGCCUACAUUUAUGACCAAGACGGAGACUUGGUCUGGUCAGGAUUCUCCUAUUUCGGAGGAACUCCGUUCAAUUUUCAAGUAUUUAAUGAAACUCAAUUUUACGCUUGGGAGGGUUCUGUGAACAUUCGCACAGGCCAUGGACAUGGGCAUUUCAGUUUCUUUGACAACAGCUAUAAGCCUAUUAAGCAAUUGCAUGCCCUUGAACAUCGUCUAGGUGACAUCCAUGAGUUAACCAUUCCCAAGAAUUCAAGCAGCGCACUGAUUGAAAUUUUUGAGCCCACUGACCAGUACGAUCUUUCUCCUUAUGGAAAUGGUACUUGGGUGAACAAUGCCAUCAUCCAAGACAUUGAUCUUGAAACUGGAGAAUUGAUUUUCGAGUGGGUUUCUCUGGACCAUAUUUCACCAGCAGAGUCAGUUUUAAGCCUUGAGUCCGGGUUGGCUGGUGUCGGACAGAAUUCCUCAACAGCUUGGGAUGUUUUCCAUUUCAACUCUGUGGACAAGAACGUAGAAGGCGAUUACCUGAUUAGUGCCCGUCAUUCUUCCACUAUCUACAAAGUGAGUGGAAAAACUGGAGAAGUUUUAUGGAGAUAUUCAACCAGCUCUUCAUUGUCUAAUUUCACAAUCAUAGACAACUCUGCAGAGUUAGAAGUGGACCCAGAAUAUCUUAAAUUUGGAUUCCAGCAUCAUGCUAGGUUUCUCACGCAGACACCAAGAGGUGGCAAGGAAAUUAUCAAGUUCUUUGACAACCACGCUUAUAGUCAUGGCCACACUGAAGCCGGUCAUGGCUCCGAGUCUUCCUCAGUCACCAGCAGCGGAAAAAUCGUUGAGCUGGAUUUGACUCUUGGUACCGCCAAGGUCUUGGAGAUUUUCCUCCCUCCUACUGAUCAUCCCCUUUUGGCAAAAUCUCAGGGAUCUCUACAACUGCUACAGAAUCACCAUGCAGUGAUCAAUUGGGGAUCUGCGGGAAGUAUCACCGAGUAUGACAGUCACCAUAAUCCAAUCUUUCAUGCUGCUUUAGAUGCAGACUCUGAUGACGUUCAAAACUACAGAGCUUUCAAGUAUCCAAGAUGGGUGGGUUAUUCUCCAGAAAAGAUUGCCCUGUUCAAACAGGGUUCCAAGGUUUACAUCUCGUGGAACGGUGACACUGAAACUAAAAAAUGGAAAUUAUCGACCCAGGGAAAAGAGAUCGGUGUUUUUAAGAGAGCUAAGUUCGAAACUGUAAUUGAUCUUCCUUUGGAGUUCCAGGAUAUCUCUACUAAGUCAAUUGAGGUCCAAGCUCUGUCGCAGGACGGUGAGGUCUUAGGGUCACUUAAUAGUGCUCCCAAGGAGGAAGCUUCCCCAAGGGUUCCUCUGUUGGGUGCUUUGGAAGACGGUUUCCAAAACUACUUCUCUUGGAGAGCUGCAAGAACUCACGAUUAG